CCCGGGCGGCGCUCGGCGCUGGGUUCGGCGCCCCUCGUGUGUGAGGAGCCGCCACCCGCCGGUCGCGGUGUCCCGGGAAGGAGCCCGGGUAGGAACCCGGGAAGGAGCGCUCCGCCCCGAACUCUGGGCAUCAAAACCUCCUGCUGGUGCAGAGAAGCUGGGAGCAGUUGCAUCAUUGACCAGUGAUGGAUCCACAGGCAGAUUUCCAUCUGUUUUCAUGUUCGAAGUGAACUUGGAAGAAUUUGGCAUUCAAAAGGGAUGUUCUUGCUGAUUCAAGACCAAAUAGUUCUGUCCAGGACUCUACACUGGGGAUAAGGACAUGGGACUCCUCCUGCCGGAUUCCAGAUGGUUCAUCACAACUGACAUCUUGGCUGACAACUGUGAAAAAGAUCUUCGGAUUAUUCUAUUUUAUUUUUGUGGGAGACCACAGUCCCCAAACUCUAGGACAUAUCAGGUUCCAUAUUUCUUGUAGAAUUUUAAAAUAACCUUUUCUAAUGAGGAUGUCUGAUAUUCUUACUGUAAAAGAUGAAACUGAUGCAAUGAAGGGUUCAGAAGCUGAAUUUAAAGAUACAGACCCAGUUGAAAACCUAAAAAAAUCAGGAAGUCAGGAACAGAUUCAAGUGGAAAAGGAUGAAAAUUGUCCUGAUAACAAAAACAAUAUGCCGCGGCCAGCGCAGUCCUUUGGACAGACGGCCAAAAGGUCCAAGUCAAACACAAAGUUAAAGUUAGUUCGGAGCCUUGCUGUAUGUGAAGAAUAUCCACCACCUCCCACAGCUGAAAUAUCACAGGACCUCCAGGAGAAAAUUCAGAUCCAGUUGUCACAGUCUUUUGAAAAAGAAGAAAAACCUGCAAAAGAUGAAUCAGAAAAGGAAAAAUCCAGUGAUAAACUGUCCAGAAAAAUGUUAUCAAGAGAUUCCAGCCAGGAGUAUACAGAUUCCACUGGUAUAGAUCUUCAUGAAUUUUUAGUAAAUACAUUAAAAAACAAUCCCAGGGACAGAAUGAUGCUGCUGAAAUUAGAACAGGAAAUUUUAGAUUUCAUUGGUAAUAAUGAAGUACCAAGAAAAAAGUUUCCCCCAAUGACAUCUUACCAUAGAAUGCUGUUGCACAGGGUAGCUGCUUACUUUGGAUUAGAGCACAACGUGGACCAGAGUGGGAAGUCAGUCAUAGUAAAUAAAACUAGCAAUACAAGAAUACCUGACCAAAAGUUUUGCGAGCAUAUAAAAGAUGAGAAGAGCGAUGACUUCCAGAAGCGGUACAUCCUUAAGAGAGAUAACUCUAGUUUAGACAAAGAUGACAACCAGAUGAGAAUACGAUUAAAAGAUGACAGAAGAAGUAAAUCCAUAGAAGAACGUGAAGAAGAAUAUCAGAGAGCUAGAGAAAGGAUAUUUGCACAAGAUUCCCUGUGUUCCCAAGAGAAUUAUUUCACUGAUAAAAGAAUCCAGGAGGAAGAAACUAAUAGUACACAACAAAGACGACAGAUACUUAGAAUCAAUAAGGAGGCAUCGGGGAGAUCAGCCAACAGCCACCAGAGCAGCACAGAGACCGAGCUGCGGUACUGCGAGCCGCGGCCCUGGAGCAGCACCGACUCCGACAGCUCCCUGCGCAACCUGAAGCCCGCGGUCACCAAGGCCAGCAGCUUCAGCGGCAUCUCGGUGCUGAGCCGUGGGGACAGCUCUGGCAGCAGCAAGAGCACGGGCAGGCUGUCCAAGACAGGUUCAGAGUCUUCUAGUAGUGUAGGGUCCUCCACGGGUUCUCUCUCUCACAGCCAGCAGCCUCUUCCAGUGCCAGCUCUAAGCCAGCCCUCUCCUGGCACGCCUGCCGUGUAUCCAACUGUCAGCUCUAGUAACUCUCUUUCCUUUGAUGGUGGCAUGAGCGGGCAAGUGGCACCUGCUGCUAGCAGUAGCUUCUUUCUGCUUCCCUUGGAAGCAGCGGGCAUCCCGCCUGGCAGUGUGCUGGUCAACCCUCAAACAGGUCAGCCGUUCCUCAAUCCCGAUGGCACUGCAGUUGUGUACAACCCUCCCCUGCCUCAGCAGCCUGUUAGGACCCAAGUGCCUGGAGCUGCACCUCAGCCAGCCCUGCCCAGCCCUGGCCAGCACCAGCCCGGAGCAAACCCCAUCCUCUCACAGCCUCUGCGGGCUCUGCAGCCCUCCUCCCAGCCUGUCCAGUACUCUGCAGUGUCGUACCCACCCCCGCUCCUGCCAGCCUCCUCUGCACAGCAAUACUCUGUGCAAGACAACCUGGGAUCGCAGUUCAGCCACCUGAGCCUGGCACGGCAGCCCCCGGCCGAAGGCGCCGAGCCGGGCCCGGCGCUGUUCCAGCCCGGCGUGGUGCUGCAGCCCCCGCAGCAGCCCGGCUACAUCCUCACCGCCGCGCCCGCCACCGCGCCCGCGGCACAGCCCGCGCCGGCCUACUCGGGCCCCGGGCACGCCGUGGGCCAGCCCGUGCUCCCGCAGCAGGGAUAUGUGCAGCAGCCCGUGCCACAGAUGCCACCCUGUUACUGUACCUCCAGCCAGUACCCGCACUCCAGCCAGCAGUACCGCCCUGUUUCUGUCCAUUACAGCACGCAGCAGAACCAGGCCCUGCCGCAGCCUGGCCAGCAGACAGGUUACCAGAUUUUGCCCAACCAGCAGCAAAACUACCAGGGUUUAGUUGGAGUUCAGCAGUCUCAGAAUCAAAAUCUAGUCAGUGGCCAACACAACAACAUUGGGAAUCAAAUUCAAGGUGUGAUUGUUCCAUAUCCCUCAGUGCCAUCUUAUCAGGUUUCGGUGCCUCAAGGUUCCCAAGCAGUGCCCCAGCAGACAUAUCAGCAGCCUGUUAUAAUUCCCAGUCAGUCCAGCCAAGGGCUGCCCACCACAGGAAUGCCAGUCUACUACAGUGUCAUUCCAUCAGGUCAACAGAAUAAUCUAAGUUCAUCUGUAGGAUAUUUGCAGCCUCCUGGAUCAGAGCAGAUACAGUUUCCUAGAACAUCAUCACCAUGCAACUCACAGCAGCUUCAAGGACAGCAGUGUGCAGUUUAUAGCAACCAUUCAAGUCAGAAGCCAUCACCUCCUACAUUAUUGCCACCUUCAUCCAAGUCAAAGCCACAGCAGGCUGCUUCCAUUGUGCACUACAGCAUAGUGUCUCCACCCUCAUCAUGUAAAAGUUCACCCACUGGUCUUUCCAUCAUGCAGCCAAAAAAAGCCGUGGCGCCGCCGCCCGCCGGGGGGGUGCUGAUGAUGCAGCUCAACGUGCCCGGCAGCGCCGCGCCGCGGAACCCGUCACCGCCGCAGAGGAAACCCGGCAAGUACUACUGUGAUCACCCCCGCGGGCACAAGGCCACGGAACUCAGCACUUUAGACGGUGCUGCACAGCUGCAGCAUAGUCCUCAACUGGGCAGCCCUGUCACCUCACCGGCCCAAUCACCAGCACCAGCCCAGCUGUCAAACAUGAAGAACAUCCGUCCCACACUGACACCUCUUUCUAUUGUGUCCCAGUUUUCUAGACCUUUUGUCCCUGGACAAGGAGAUGCCAGAUACCCAUUGCUUGGCCAACCCCUGCAAUACAAUCCAUCUUUAUUACGUGGACAAGUAACAAGCCAACAGUGUCAGCCUGGAAACAGACAUGGAAACAGGGGAAAGAAACCAGCAAAGAAGGCUGCUUCAGCAGAUCUUGGUGCAGGAGAACCAGCUGUGGGGAAAGUUCUAGAAAUAACUGAGCUGCCAGAAGGCAUAACUCGUAUGGAAGCAGAGAAACUCUUUGGAGAACUGUUGAAAGUGGGUGCCAAGAUCCGGUGGCUGCGGGAUUCCCAGUGCCUGCAGGCGCAGCAGCAGCGGCGGUUCUGCGGGGACGGCGGCACGGAGCCCUCCCGUGCCGGGGACCUGGCGUCCACCUACACGGUUCUGGCCACCUUCCCCAGCAUGGCGGCCGCGCAGAGCGCGCUCAAGAGACAGAGCAGUACCUCAGUGAGCAAGUUCCGCCUGAGAACCAGCAAGAAGCACUACGACUUCCACGUCCUGGAGAGGGCCAGCUCGCAGUAGCAGUUACACCGCUGGACACUCGGCCUUUGCUACUUCCAUGUCCUCCCUCCUCGAUUGGUUUGAUGUCAUGGGGUUUCUGUUCUCUCCAUACAGACUCCUGGGAUGUUUUGUCACAUGACAUUUGCCAUUGAAGAAUAAAUAACCCAGUGAAUCCAGCAAGAUGAAAAAAAUUUACAGAGUUAAUCCCAGACAACAGCAAGGAAUCAUCUUUGCAAGAGGCAGCUUUCUGUAAGGAACGCUGCUGAAAUGCCCCCUACUUUUAUAGUAGUUUUGUUUUAUAUUUUUGAAAUCUUGUAUCAGAUCCAAAGUUCUAUUGUACAGCAGAUGUUCAUAAAAAUCCAUAUGCAGAUUUGUAUUUUAUAAUCCCUUUUCACAGCCAGCACACAGCUAUCCAUUCCAAGGCAGGAACCUGAGGAUUGGUGGAGGGGAAAAGAGAACCAUUCUUAAGGAAUUAUAUUAAUUUUCUAGCAAACUACCCAAGAUCUUCAAGUUAACCUGUUCUUUGUCCCUUGUGUGGGCUUUUUUUUUUGUUGUUGUUGUUUUUUCUUUUUCUUCUUUUUCUGGGUUUUUUUUUUUUUUUAAGAAAAAGAGAUUAUCAUUUUAGUAACUGACUCCUUAGGUGGUCCUUGUGUUUUGCAAUACAUUCAAACAAUGUCAAAAGAGAUUACAAGUUUGUACCCUUGAAGAAUUUGCUUCUGAUCCAGCAAGCUUAAUAAUUACUAGAAGGGGAUUAUGAAUAAGUUACAAAAAAUAUUCACUGUAUCACAUUUUAAUAUUUCUUUUUAACAAAAGUGUGAAGAAGCUUUAUGUAUCUUCAUACAAGUGACAAAAUGUUUGCACUUUAAUUGUGUUCCCACCAGUAUGGGUCUCUUUCUCUUCCUUUUCACGCUAAGAUAAUUGUGUUUGAUAAGUGCUGGAAACCUUUUUAAUGGUUUAAGUUUUCAUCAUUUGCAGAUGCUCACUGGACAUUAAAGAUUCAUUGCACAUAAAUGAAAGAAAACUUUUUUCAACUUGUGUAAUUUGCAAGUCUGUACAAUGUGUGCUGAUGCAAGCCUUUUUCAGUUCAAAAGAAUAAAUGUUUACAAACACAAA